GUAGUCCUGUCGAGGGAAUUUCCGGUCCCGGCCGGAAGCUACGUGUCUCUGGCCUCGCUCAAGGGCGCAUGCGUGGUGCGGGGCGCCAGGGCGACCAGUGUCCGGUCACAGAGCGGAGCCCAGAGGAGGAUUGAGACAACAUAAUGGCUGUAUUCUACAGGAGCACUGUGCUGGAGGGUUGUUGCGUGUUCUGCGAUGCAGGAUUGCUGUAUUGUGGUGCAAUCGCCUGGUAAUUGGUGCGAGUGAGCUGUACCAAGAGCCAUGGAGAAGGAUGGCAGCAUCCAGCUGGAGGUGCCGGAUUUCAGCAGCUCCGUCCUGGCACAGCUGAACCAACUGCGGAUGCAAGGCCGGCUCUGCGACAUCGUGGUUGAUGUGCAGGGGAAGUCGUUCCGAGCCCACAAGGCAGUGCUGGCUGCCAGUUCGCCCUACUUCCGGGACCACAUGUCCCUGGGCGAGAUGAGCGCUGUCUCCAUCUCCGUUAUCAAGAGCCCCGCGGUGUUCGAGCGCCUCCUGGCCUUCUGCUACACGGGCAAGCUGUGCCUGCAGGUGGCCGACAUCAUCAGCUACCUGACAGCGGCCAGCUUCCUCCAGAUGCAGUACAUCAUCGACAAGUGCACUCAGAUCCUUGACGGCAUUCACUUCCGUAUUGACGUCUCUGAGGUGGAGGCGGGACUGAACCAGGAUGGCCUGAAGCGCCCGGCCCAGUCCCGCGGUGGCAGCGUUGCCACCCCCAAUACCCGCCGCAGCCGGGUGCCUUCGGGGUUCAGCCGUAGGAGCCCGCUGCCAGACGAGCUGGGGAGCAGCGGCGGCGAUGAGAGGCUGGUGAGAAUUGACCGGGUGGGCCAGUGGUACGUGGAGACGGGAGUCGGCGGUGAUCGCAGCCCGGAGGCCAUCCGGCAGAUCGGUGGCAUGCGGAUCAAGACAGAGACUCCGGACGAAUGGAUAAUGUCAGAGAACCAGCCAUCCGGGGAGGAUGGCAGCAGUGCUGAGGAGGUGACAGCCAUGGUGAUCGACAGUGCCGGGCACAGCUCCCUAGUCCAGGAGGCCUUUCCCACCACUGCCUCAAGUGGCAAAAUCUCGAGGCCCUCCAGCAGCUUCAGCGAGAUGGACAGGUUUAGCCCAUCUGGCAGCGUCGUUUGUACAGUGCCUGAGCGCCACAGAGCGAGGAGUGAGUCACCGGGUAAAAAUGAGGAGCGGAAACAGCCCAACUCGCAGACUGACGAGGCUCCCCUAUUUGGCGUCAGUGGCUAUGAAGAAUACUUGCGGGACCAAGAGGUGGCUGAGCGCUGGUACCGCUACAACCCCCGGCUGACGUGCCUGUACUGUGGCAAGUCUUUUAACCAGAAGGGAAGCCUGGACCGCCACAUGCGGCUGCACAUGGGCAUAACACCCUUUGUGUGCCGGAUCUGCGGGAAAAAGUACACCCGCAAGGACCAGUUGGAGUAUCACAUCCGCAAGCACACCGGGAACAAGCCCUUCCACUGCCACGUGUGUGGCAAGAGCUUUCCGUUCCAGGCCAUUUUAAACCAGCACUUCAAAAAGAACCACCCAGGCUGCACACUGUUGGAGGGCCUGCACAGUAUUUCACCGGAGACCACCUCCAAGGGACAGAAUGGGGAAGAGUCACCACCUCAGGAUGAGGCGAAAGCCAUAGGUGAACUGAUUCACGCUUCCGUCUCGACUACUGGGCCAGACUGAAUGUGCACCGGAGACAGAUAUCUGUCUGUGGGACCCCAGGGACUGCUUUUAUUUUAGUGUGGACUGUUUUAUUUGGAUUUAGAACUGUUUAUAUAAAGGGUUUUUUUUUUGCAGGAAUGGAAGAUUGAGCCUCCCAGUUGUUGCAUUUCUCCAAGUCACGUGCAACUGUUGCUCUUUUAACCUCAUAACUUUUCCCUGCCUUAGAAAGCUAACACUGCAGGAAGUGAUUGGAUCCUUGCUGCAGGCAAAGGGUGGAUCCUAGGGUGUAUGAAGACCAGAGAGCUAAUGUUGAACAAUAAGAGCCCACAGAAAGCAUUUUCCAGGGGUCCCCCCAGGCACAUUGCUGUGCGCCUGUCCCUGGGCUCAUUUCUUAAUCUGCUCUGGAACAGUGCAGGAAACCUGGUCUGCAAGAUUCAGGGUCACUUCCCCAAAGCUGUUGAAGGGAUUUGUUUGUACUGUCAGCAGUGAAAAGGAACAGAAAGGAAACCUGCCCAUCUCCUCCCUGGGAGGUGUGAGCAUUUGAAGGAGUAGGAAAUGAUGGGGAGAAGAAAGGGGUCUAGAGUAGAAUUUCUUAAGCAGAUUCCUCAGUGGUGGAGUACCUGCGCUGUGAAUGGAAAACCCUGUGGUUCUGUACAUUUCUGUAAACGACUGACAAAAAGUGUUUUUAACAAUAGAUAGUAUGUAAAAGAAAUAGGGAUACUCCAAAUGAAUGUGCGUGACCAGGUUUGACAGUAGAUUUAUAGUCGAGUGGAUUUGUGUGUGUAUUGUUUCUGAGUAGUGUGAGUGUGUCUUACAACCUAGGAUAUCCCUUUAAUGAGGACUGAAGGGCAGUUUUCCUAAUAUACCUCCUAUAAACCGUCCAAUGAAGCAGUUCUGCGUGGGUUUGUGAAGCUAUUUUUAUCAUAAAUGGAUUGGGGAAAUGUACAGAACACAGAAUAUUCCAUAAUUUAUAGCAUUCCUGGAAUAAACUAAUGAAGUCACUGACUCUGAUUUUAGUGCAAAAACGCUUCUGAAGAAUGGGUUAUUUCGGGGGAAAUGGGGAGUGGCGGAUUGAGCCUGAAGCAAUUUAGUGACCUGUGGGGCACAGACCACAACUCUCUGACAAUGUGCUUUCCACUGGUGCACUGAUAAGUAGGACAGCUUCUCUCUUCUUCUCUCUCUCAAACUUGUGUUUCACUCUCACCUGAUGCUUACUGUCUCAGAAAUGCUUCAAGCUUAAUGCAUAACACAAACCUAGUGGUGGUGUGAAACACACAGAUGAUAGUUAAAGGUGUUGGCAAGAUAGAUAGAGAGAAACCAUUUCUUCGGGUGGAGAACCCUGAAAAAGGGUUUAAAAUUAGAGCUAGGCUGUUCAGGUGUGAUUUCAGGAAGCAUUUCUUCACACAAAGGGUGGAAAUCUGGAAUUCACCAAAAAAGCUAUUAAGCCUGCAAGUCAGUUGAAAAUUUUCAAAACCAGGGUUGAUGGAAUUUUGUUAGGUAAGGGUAUUAAGGAUUAGAUGGUGUUAAGAUACAAAUCAGUCAUGAUCUAAUUCAAUAGCAGAAUAGGAUCAAGGGGCUGAAUGGCCUCCUCUUGUUCCUAUGGCUACUGACAACCAUUGUCUAUUUGGUGAGAGGGGGAGAUAAGUGCUUCACAUCACAAAAAGACUUAAAGCUGUGUAGGUUACAGCUGCUAUCAGUCCCAUGGUUUAGAUAAUUAAAUCAGUAACUUGGCUUUUUAUACACUGUAACCUCUCCAGUCUAGAAAUUUGUUCUUCAGAAAUACCAGUUAUCUGGAAAUUAUUUGAGCAGACCCAAGCAUUCCCUUGAUGUCAUCGGCAUCAGUUUAGUUUUGUACUUUUGGAACAGAAACAUGCAAGAUACAGUAUUUUGAAAAGUAAAACAAAAUGUAUUACUGCUUUAUAUUUUAUCACUGUUUUAUGUUUGUGGUAAAUAUUUACUUCUAUGGUAUUUUCCUGUUCACACACUUAUGGUUUGCUAUUCUAACAUCAUUCUAUAAUCCAGAAAAUACCGAAAUCUUGAAAUGACUUGAUCCCAAGUAUUCCGGACUGGAGACUUUACAGUGUAUUUAGGGUAUGUUGAACCCGGUCAGGCGAAGCACAAAGAGAAACCCAGGUGCAGGACACCAGGUUUGGAGGAGGAGUGAGAUGGAUGAAUCCAGCAGUGAUUGAACGGCAUCAUGGUGGGAAGGAAUUUUAUCUUAAGGUCCUCGGAACAAAUAGGUCAGAGUUAGUUUACGGAGUCAUACAUUCCACACACAAGGGGAAUAAUAGCCAAAGUAAUAUAUGUGGGGAAGAGGAAGAUUGGACACAGUGUUUGAAGACGGUGAAGAGAGGGAAGUUAGACAAAAAAGUUACAACAUAAAAAACAGGCAUUCUGCCCAAUUAGUUCGUUAGCAGAUACUUCUAAUUACAUUUACCCUACCUCCGCCUCUUCAAUCUGAUCUUGAAUAUCGACAUCAUUUCUGUCUCAAUAACUAACCCUGGCAAUGAAUUCCACAAUCUCAUAACUGAGUGAGUGAACAAUUUUAUCCUGCCCUCUAUCUAAAUUCCUUACAUUUAAUCUUUUAUUUGUGGCUCCUUGCUCAACUACUUUAAACAGUCUGAUUCUGUCUACCAUGUCCCCUCCUUUCAUAAUUUUUAAAUACUUAUCACUCCAUAAUCAAAUGGUUUUAACAAAAAAAGAUUCAAUUUUACAAAUUUUUAUUUCCUCACAUUAGGCAAACACCCUAGUGAAUCUGCAUCUAAAGCCUCAAUAUCCUUCUUAUAAUGUACAGCCCAAUACUGCACACAUUACUCAAACUGAAGUCUUAAUGCUUGACCUUUUGGGUUUUAUAAUCUUUACAUCUUGAGAUAAAACCUAAAAUUCCGUUAACCUGUUUUUUACAACUUUAUCUGCUGAGGUGCUGUUCUUGUUCUGUGAACCUGUUCCCUCAAAUCCCUCUGCUCUCUAUAGCACUAAGCCCACUGCCACUUGGAGGAUAAUAACUGCUGUUAAUUAUAGCAAAUGCAUCACCUUCUACUUCAGUGACUUACAUCUGCCACUUCUUAGCCCAUUCCCACAAUCUUUGCCUUCAGCUUCCUUUGGUCUUCUAAAGAAUUAACUAUUCCUCCUAUUUUGGUAUGAUCUGCACAUUUCAAAACUACUCCCUCUAGGUUGGUAUCCAAAUCAUUGACAGACACAAUAAACACAAGUGGCCCCAGAACAGAACCGUAUCAGACACCAUUACCCUGGGCACAACCCACUUCCAUGUGAUACCUUCUAUGUGAUACCUUUCAGAGACUUCCCUGAAAUGUGUGUAUCUCCUUAUCUGCCAUUGCUGUUAGCGCCUCAAAAAAAAUUGAGGUUUGGCAAACAUGAUCGUCCCUUCUGAAAUCUGUUCUGACUGCUUCCAACUGCUUUAUCUUUAACCAGAUAGGUAGCAAUUUCAUAGCUAUUUGAAGAGUCUAAGAUUUUUCUACGGCAGAUGUUAAUUGGCCUGUAAUUAGCCAGAUUAGCACCCACUCCUUUAAAAGUUAUUCACAGGCCUCUGCAGUCUCCUCAGGAUUUGAGAAUUAGGUCCAGCACUUGAGCUUUAAUUUAUCUAAAAAAUUUCACUCUUAUCCAUCAUAAAAUCAACUCUGAGUUCAA